UAAAUGUUUUUUUUUUCGUCUGACAAUUGUUGCGAGACAAAGCAGACUUUGUGCAUCAACUGAAAAUAAAAAAGAACGCAAAUAUAGUUGAGAACAAUGUCGAUGAUUCCAUUUUUUCCAUCACUCAGACCAACGGUUGGAAGUAGCAUUUGCAUAGAUGCCGACACACCAUGUGAUGAAGAAUCGGAAUUACGCGAAAUCGAAAAGGAGCAUGUUGCAUGGCUGAAAUCCAUUCAACAGACUGCACAUGAUCUGUCACCCUUUGGAAAAGCACCACCAAGUGGACCUGAUCCAGAUACAGAUGAUGAAGCUGGAAAUGACGACAGUGAAGAUUCGGACAGUCGAGACGAGGAAGAAGAAGAGGAUGAAAUGGAUGCCAUCGAUGCGAAUCAAACGCCAAACACAAAUAGUGCUGCCACAAUAGAUACAUCGUCACCGGAUAUUUUCAAUUAGAUAACGCUUUAAAAAAAACGCCAUAAGAAGCCUGUGUUGAAAUGGAAAUGCAUUUGUUUAUUUUGUUGUUGUUUGUCAACUUCCGAAGUGGUCGUCCGUACAAAAAAGAAAACCCGUAUACAAGAAGAUAGCCAGAACGGCGACUUUGACUCAUAGAAUGUAAGUUUGAUACCAUGCCAGAAUCGUGGCUUUUUAUUAAUAUUGUGUCAUUAAAAACUGAAUGAAAAAAAAUGGAAAUAAAGGAAAAUGAUAAAAAGUUAUAACAUUGAAUAAA